UAACGUUGAAUAAAAACUCGUCAGACUUCUUCGUAAAUAUUCAUUUCGGACUCAACCUCGUAACCAGCCAGAUAACCAAAUAACAAUUCGUAAUAAAACCAAUCCGGAAGAAUGAAAAUCAAAGGAUGUGGUACUUUUGUGCUGACUUUCAUUUGCAUCUGGAAUUUUGCAUCUUCCAGUGUUUGUACCAAAUGGGGGCAUAUGUGUAAGGAUGAUCGUACACUGAUCCACUGUGCCAAGCAUAAUAAUAGAUGGAUGGAAUCGGUUUACCAACAAUGUGAUGCCAAUUUCAAAUGCAACAAAGUUACCAACUCAUGUGUACCCAACUACGCCGUGGGGGUCCGUUUCGACUGUGAGAGCGACGGCCUAUUCCCUGAUCCUUAUCAGUGCGGGACCUACUAUGUGUGUUAUUGGGACGGUGGAGCGCUUCAUAAGAUUUUCGCUCAUUGUCCAAAUGGACAAUGGUUUUCGCCGGUAUCGAGCAGAUGUAGUGUCGAGGAGUUCAAACCAAAUCCAUGUCCGCGGAACUUCAACUGUGAAUAUCCUGGGCAAGUUUCAGUUUGGCCCAGGAACCGCAAUAUCUACUAUAUUUGUGCAAUGAAUAACGAUCACUCUCUCUAUCCGAAACUGUUCCGUUGUUCCGAUGAAAUGAUAUUCAAUGGUGCGGAAUGUGUGAAACCGAGAUGUGAGUGUUAAGGUUUUGAGGAGCGAUAGGACAUGUUAAUCAUCAUUAUCAUCAACGGCGCAACAACCGGCAUCCGGUCUAGGCCUGCUUUAAUAAGGAACUACAGACAUCCCGGUUUGUUAAUGCGUUGAAUAAAAUCAGUUCAGUU